AUGCCACAGCAUGUCGAGACUACAGUACAGCCUGAAGCAGCACAGGUAGCGAUACCGCUUUGGCAGACGAAUGUUCCAGGCUACUUGGAUGACAUGCCUAAUGAAGCUGCCGAGAUGGUGACUUCAGUCAGACCAAGCAGAGUUGCAAACACUCUAGUCCCUAAUGUGGUGCUGAAGUAUCCGAACGGGUUGCCAGCCACACAAUACGGGUACCCCGAGGUCAGUGGUCGACACAACAGCGCGGAUGGAGGAUGGGAGGAUAUGUCAGAUUGCAGCUUUGCGUAUUCACAUGAGAGUUCGGCGUACGGUGGAGGAACGAGCGAUUUCGGUUGA